GAAGCGACGGGGCCUUCACAGAAAACGCUUCGUUACAAUUGGCGCCCGAGCAGGGACCCUGCAAAUAGAACAAUACGAGGAGAACAUUUCGAAGCCAAUAAUUAAACCAGCCAUGAUAGAACCAGUGAGCAUAGCGUGGCUGGACAGCAUAUCCAAGGAACAGUUGGUGUCCAUCACACAGGAACUGGGCAUCGAACACACAGGCACCACUCGAGAGAUAAGGAAACGGAUAGCGGCAUGGGCCGCCAAAGCACUCGUCGACAUGGAACUUCACGCAAAAUUUCUCGCGAUGGAAGCAGCAUACAACGAACAGGAGGUCCACUGGAGAGACGAAAGUGAACCAAAGACACCGUUAACCGUGAAUCAAGGCGAAAGAACCGCUAAUGUGCCCGUUAGGCCGCCAACGCAGCGCCAGUUCACAUAUCCACCACCAACGACAUCCAUCGCACCAAACGCUGACGUGCUAAACAACGGCAACCAUGUGCCUACCGUUACCUUUGCGCCCAUCAUCGACCAGGUACGCAAGUGGUCGGUGAAGUACGAUGGAGGACGCGACCCGUUGGCGUUUGUAGAACGAUUAGAGGAGCUGGCCGGCGUCUACACAUUAGAUGUAGACCUACUACUGAAGACGAUGCCUGAAUUGCUAAAUGGCACCGCCCUCCAUUG